AUGAACGCCAACAAGCCGUCCUAUGCCCCUCUGCAGCGUCGCAGGCGGAGAUCUGACCAGAUUUCACCAUCCUCUCCCUCCUAUCCAAGACGACUUCUUGACCGUCCAAAUAGAUACAGCGAGGCGCUCAGUCCCGUCGACACGCCGUCCGCGACAGAUGAGUCGGACAGCCCUUCGCUCAGCCUAAACCUCACACUCACAUCUCCCCUCUACGACCGCUCUGCGUCCGUUCCAUCCGUCCCUCCUUUUGUCAAAUCCCCUCCGGUUGAACCGAAACAUCAACAGAGAUCCUCCGAGGAAACUGGGCGCCACAGACUUGGACCGCCUGACGAAGCUGCCCGUCCUGCGACAAGUGAUGCGAUCGAUCGGAACAACGCCGUUCCCAUCUCCUAUGCAAAAUCCCCAGUGAUAGGAUCAGACUACGCGUCUAAGCCGUCUGCUGUCCUUCCCUCUGUCCGUCUCGAUACUGGAGAGAGAAAGGUGCUUGACCCGCCCGUCAAGCUGGGAGACAAUGCGUUGUCUCCAAGCCUUAGAAACUACAGCUUUUCCACCCAAAUAUCAGACAAAUCUGCGCAUGAUGAAUCAGUUCCAGCAAAAGGACAUACGGGAAAAAAGAGCAGGCUGAAUCUGCUGAAUCCAAUGAGUUUAUUGGCCCGUCGCAGGUCUUCCCAGAAUCAGAAACUCGAGGAUGUCAAUCUCACGCUGUCGGUACCGGCCUUGCCAGAUAAUUUUGACCCAAGUAUCCGAGGAAAAGUCGUCCAUGACUUCUCUGUUCCACGAUCGCGAAGGCUUUAUUCUCACAACGACAUCAGCAGUGUAGAAUCUCCAGCGUUGCGUUCUGGGUACGGACCAGACCCCAGCAGAAGCAAUGAUUCACCCAAUUCCCGUAUGGUCCCAAAUGGACCACCAAGUAUACCACACAGCCCGAUGUUCAAGGAACACUUUCAGGAUGAUCGACCAUCAUUGCAACCCGAACGGACGGGUUACCUACACAAUAUUCAUACACUCACCAUGCCCAACGACCACCUAGAUGAGAGUAGCGUACCAGCAUUCGCCAGACGGCUACCGUCCGCUGUUCCACAAGCAGGGCUGGAUCCCAGGCCUGGAUCACACGAGGACGGAAAGCCAGCACCGCCACGACCACCACCGGGAAAGGAGAAUCUGCCGAUGCCCCCGAGAGGACAGGCCUCCCCGGAGGCCUCCCCUCCGCCUCCGACGCCUCCUCCGAAGAGUACACCGUCCCCAAAGUUUGAUAUUCCGCCACCGGCGGCGAUUCCAAAGCACAUGACCAGUACUUCCUCACGAUUUAGCUUUCAGAUUGGAGGGGGAGGAUCGUCAGCGCAAGAGAAGUUGCUCGAAGAGAAACAUAAACAACAUGAAGCGAUCAAGAAGACCACUGUGCCGGAUGGAGACGAAGAGGACGAGUUUGCUGACUAUGACUUCGAUGCGGACGACGGUUUAGAGGAAAUGAUCCCUGGAGUCAACGCAGACUUUGACGAAGAUGAUGGUUUCGGUAACGACAUCCCGGUAGGGAAUGCGCUUGUGGCUCGUUACGGUCCAUCAGAAGCCGAAGAAUUGAUCGCGUCCGAUGUCAAGACCACGACUUUACAGCGACAAUCGCUACAAGGAUUCCACUUUACUCCUCAAUCCAUGACAUUUAGUCCCACGAGCACCAAUAAUGCAUCACAGCCUACUCCCCGCGACCACGAAGGCUUUGCUAUUGGGAUUGCCGACUCGAGAGAGUCUUUCCAAGACGGAAGUCUAGAAUUUCCUCAGAAAGACAGCGUCGUUGACGUUGAAAAGGUGCCGAUGCUCGGAGGGCUGGGCAUCACGACGGCCGAAAUACACGGCAGACGCUCACGGCAGACCUCUCGUCCUCGCGGAGGGGUUUUUGAUGAUGAAGACCUAUAUUUUGACGAUGGCGAGUUUGAUCAAAUCGAAUUGGAUCCUUCGGGAACAACUUUUGACGAACAACUAUUUGAUGACGAUACAGGCAAAAUCCGCGAUAUCCCAGCCGAAAAUGCCCGAAAAUUCGAGGCAGCCAAACAAGCAGCUGGUCUGGACGGGGAAGUGAAGGCUGUCAACCAUUGGGAGGACGCCGUCGAAAAACUUUCAGUGAACCACAAUGAUCAUCGGAACAGUGUCAACGCAAACUCUGGAGAAGUUGUUCCGAAUAGCCACGGGAACUUCGGUCGUGGUGGUUCCAUCACUGGACUCACCGAAACGAAUCUCGCUGCGUAUCACGACGCUUUGGCGUUCGCAGCCAACCAAGCUGCUGCAAAUGGCAGAUUUGAUCGAAAGGUCAGCUUCAGUCAGAACUCAGAUGAUACUUCACAGUCGCCAUUUGAAAGCAGUCAACUUGGAGUCGUCUCCGAAGAUAGCCGUAUCAGCUACAAUUUUAGCUCCGCCAUUGCUGAGGACGAUGGAUUUCCUUUCGACGAUGAUAUGGAUGACGAUCCCAUGAUUGCAGAGGCCAACGCCGAGGUCCUGGAGAACGACGACGAAGGGUAUUAUGGUCAAGAGUUUGGGUUUUAUGCUCGAUCCUACGGCAAAGGCAAUACAGAGCUUGUUAAUGGCGGCUACUUUGCGGACCGGGGAUCCAACGGGGUAAAGCGAAGUCACAGUGGGAAGGCCAAUUUCCAGGAACCAAGCUUGACGCCAAUCACCGAACGCAGUGAGUGGAGUACUCGCAACUCGGUGGUGUCAUUGGCGAUACCAGGGGGAAUGCCUGCUUCAGCCCAUUCGAUGCCCAGCCCCGGGAUUGCGGAGUUACUUCAACAACUUGACUCCCCGGGUUAUGAUGAUGAUAUGAGCUUUAGCGGACUGAUGAAGCUCAGAGGCAGAACAUUUGGAGGGAGCUCGUCGAGUAUUAGCAGCUCAGCAGCAGGGAACCCGGCUAGUUCCCCACUUGCGCACGUUUCCAACCAUCAGUUCCCUCAUUCGGAUCUUAAUGCGAGCCGGAUGGCAUCCUCAAUUCAUGGGCGGACGUCGCCAGCUGGAAUCCCCGAGUCGGAGGAAGAAGAUGAAGACUCUAAAAACCUUACAUUGACACAGAACACGCCGCGGAAGAAAAUGAGUGAGCCUGUGGUAGUAACAUCACAGGAGGAACUACCAUCGUCUCCGGGAUCUGCUGGGUUUGAAAGACGGAAAGGCCAUCACAGCCGGACCAGCAGUGGUGCGGAAAGCCUCACCAUCACCACCCACAUCAUGUAUCGCUAUGCUGCGGGCAAGCUCCCCUUGCGAGCUGCGCAAGCUUCAAGGGCUUUCUGCACUUCAUCCAAUGUCAGCGUGGUCUCCGGAGGUCGUCGCAAUGCCCUCGUCGCCGGGCGGAAACCACUAGCUGUCAUGGCUCACAGCUCAAUGCAGCGCAGGAGCUAUGCUAUUGCAGCCGAAGAAAGCAACAAGGGCGUGGAUCCUAACGAUUCCUUCCUGCAAGGCAACACCGCGAACUACAUCGACGAGAUGUACAUGGCAUGGAAGCAAGACCCGUCGUCUGUCCAUGUCUCGUGGCAAGCCUACUUUCACAACAUGGAAGAAGGAACGAUGCCAGUGUCCAAAGCAUUCCAGCCUCCUCCGGGCCUCAUUUCCCAAGCGGAAGGGGCAGCCAGCCUCGCUCCCAGCGCAGUGGCCGGCACUGCAGGCGAAGACGUCACAAAUCACUUGAAAGUCCAGCUGCUUGUCAGAGCAUAUCAGUCAACCGGACAUCACAAAGCCAAGACCGAUCCUCUUGGUAUCCGUGGCGAGGCAGAAGCAUUCGGAUACCGCAGACCAAAAGAGUUGGAGCUGGAUCACUAUGGCUUUACGGAGGCCGACCUGGACCAAGAAUUUGUCCUUGGACCAGGUAUUCUCCCCAGAUUUGCCACCGAGUCGCGGAAGAAGAUGAAACUGCGUGAUAUCAUCGCUGCCUGCGAGAAGAUCUAUUGCGGGUCAUAUGGUGUCGAGUACAUCCACAUUCCGGAUCGAGAGCAAUGUGACUGGAUCAGAAACCGGAUUGAAGUGCCAACCCCGUACAAAUACUCUGUGGAUGACAAGCGCCGCAUCCUCGACAGACUGAUCUGGAGCUCCAGCUUUGAAGCUUUCUUGGCCACAAAGUACCCCAACGACAAGCGCUUUGGAUUGGAAGGUUGCGAGACUCUCGUUCCGGGCAUGAAAGCCAUGAUUGACAGGAGCGUGGACUAUGGGAUCAAGGACAUUGUCAUUGGGAUGCCGCACAGAGGAAGACUGAACGUUCUCAGCAACGUCGUCCGCAAACCCAACGAGUCCAUCUUUAGUGAAUUUUCGGGCACCACUGAGGCAAGUGACGAAGGCUCCGGCGAUGUCAAGUACCAUCUCGGCAUGAACUUUGAACGACCGACACCGUCUGGCAAGCGCGUCCAACUGUCCCUGGUCGCCAAUCCUUCUCACCUGGAAGCCGAGGAUCCCGUUGUGCUGGGGAAAACCAGGGCCAUUCAACACUACAACGAUGACGAGAAGAAACACCAAACAGCGAUGGGUGUCUUGCUUCACGGUGACGCUGCCUUUGCGGCUCAAGGGGUGGUCUACGAAACGCUGGGUUUCCAUGCUCUCCCUGCGUACUCCACUGGUGGUACGAUCCACAUCAUCGUUAACAACCAGAUUGGGUUCACCACCGAUCCCAGAUUUGCCCGAUCGACUCCUUACUGCUCGGAUAUCGCCAAGGCAAUUGACGCUCCCGUUUUCCACGUCAAUGGCGACGAUGUAGAAGCUGUCAACUUCGUCUGCCAACUGGCCGCUGACUGGAGAGCUGAUUUCAAGAAAGACUGCGUCAUCGACAUUGUCUGCUACCGGAAGCAGGGUCACAACGAGACGGAUCAACCGGCCUUCACUCAACCGCUCAUGUACAAGCGAAUAGAGUCCAUCAAGCCUCAGAUCGACAAGUAUGUUGACAAGUUGAUCCAAGAGGGCACCUUCACCAAAGAAGACAUCGACGAGCACAAGAAAUGGGUUUGGGGAAUGCUCAAUGACAGCUUCGAUCGAAGCAAAGACUAUCAACCUACAGGCAAGGAAUGGCUGACCUCCGCCUGGAAUGGCUUCAAAUCGCCCAAGGAGCUCGCCACUGAAGUCCUUCCCCAUCCUCCCACUGGAGUUCCAUCUGAUAUGCUGAAAGAGAUCGGGGCAAAGAUUGCUGAUGCCCCGGAGGGUUUCACCGUCCAUCGUAACCUCAAACGUAUUCUCGCUGGUCGCAAGAAGGCUGUUGAGGAGGGCAAGGGCAUUGAUUGGUCGACGGCCGAGGCUCUCGCCUUCGGCACUCUUUGUCUUGAAGGUCACCAUGUUCGUGUGUCCGGCCAGGAUGUUGAGCGAGGCACCUUCUCCCAGCGUCAUGCUGUUUUGCACGACCAGGAGACUGAAGCGACCUGGACACCUCUCAAUAAUCUUGCCAAAGAGCAAGGAGCCUUUACCAUCUCCAACUCGUCCUUGAGUGAGUACGGAGUUUUGGGUUUUGAAUAUGGCUACUCCCUCUCGUCGCCCAAUGCGCUUGUCAUGUGGGAAGCGCAAUUUGGAGAUUUUGCCAACAACGCCCAAUGUAUUAUUGAUCAAUUCAUCGCAUCGGGAGAGGUCAAGUGGCUGCAAAGGUCUGGCCUCGUCUGCUCUCUCCCUCAUGGUUAUGAUGGACAGGGACCUGAGCACAGCAGUGGCCGCAUGGAACGGUAUCUGCAACUCUGCAAUGAGGAGCCUCGAGUAUUCCCGUCACCAGACAAGCUUGAUCGACAGCACCAAGACUGCAACAUGCAGGUGGCAUACAUGACGACGCCGUCCAACUACUUCCACAUUCUCCGACGACAGAUGAACAGGCAGUUCAGAAAACCAUUGAUUGUGUUCUUCUCGAAAUCGCUUCUUCGCCAUCCUCUUGCCCGGUCCGACUUGGAAGACUUUACGGGCGAUUCCUACUUCCAAUGGAUCAUCCCAGAUCCAGAGCACGGCAAGGGAAUCGUUGAGGCAGACGAGAUUGACCGCGUCGUCUUAUGCACGGGUCAAGUGUAUGCAGCUUUGCAUAAGCACCGUGCGGACAAGGGCAUCAAGAACGUGGCAAUCACCCGCAUCGAGCAGCUCAACCCCUUCCCAUGGGCACUAUUGAAAGAGAAUCUCGACACUUAUAAGAACGCCAAGACGAUCGUUUGGUGUCAGGAGGAGCCUCUCAACGCUGGAGCAUGGAGUUUUGUUCAACCACGGAUUGAAACGCUACUGAAUGAGACGGAGCACCACAACAGACGGCACGUCAUGUACGCAGGCCGAGAUCCUAGUGCCUCGGUCGCGACGGGUCUGAAAGCCACCCACAUUAAGGAAGAGCAAACGCUGCUCAAUGACGCCUUCACGGUCACGCAGGAUAAGCUGAAGGGUGAAUGA